ACGCAGCCAGGUAGUGUCUGGCUAUUUAACCGCGGGUUGGUGGAUUCAUUCCGCUCGGAAACUGACUACAGACCACAUGAAAUCUCCAGUAAUGCGAUGCCAAAGCAGCUUGUUGAACUCCGGAAGAGCGCUGCGUGAUCUGACGGAACUUCUUUCUUCGUCUUUACUUUCCACUUGAUGACACAUUUCUCAGGGAUUGUUCCAGCUUGUUGUGUCCCUCUCUGCUUCGCGCAUCUCUGAAAGUUUUUUCUGAAAUUAUAGGGGGAAAAAAGUGGAAAUGAAUAACACCGGGUUCAACCAAACGGAGGGAGGACUGCUCAACAAGACGGAGGAGUUUCUCUGCUGCAACUUUUCCUCGGUGGUGACUGAUAACGGCUUUGUGGCGGCCGCUCCGGAUGAGAGGAGCCUCUUCAUCAUGAGGGUGGUCCAGAUAGCCGUCAUGUGCGUUUUGUCCCUCACGGUGGUUUUUGGCAUAUUUUUCUUGGGCUGCAACCUUCUCAUAAAGUCAGAGGGGAUGAUAAACUUUUUAGUAACGGACAGGAGACCGUCUAAAGAAGCAGAGGCGGUUAUUGUUGGAGCCUACUGACUGAUGAGGACUUUUAUAUAAAGAUUUCAAUCAGAUCUGGACACAGAUGGGAGACAGUGAAUCAAAACGAGCCCUGUUUUCAUAUUUAGAAAGAGCACAGAGGUAACUAAAGCCUGCUGGUGUCUGGUGAGGCUCCCAGGGGUCCACCUUAUUCCUUGUGGCUCUUUAAUGCCAGAAAAGACUCCAAGAGGUAUAGUGCGUUUUAAGCCUCUCUGUUUAUAAAGUAUUCAAUCAAGCACUGUUGUACUUUCAGUAGUUUGAGCACCGUUUUGUCAAGCAGCAGCACCCUUUGUCAUGGAAGUGGCUAUUUGCUGGAUUUUAAAAAUACCCUCUCAUAUUGCUCAUGCAAUGGAGAAAUUAAUGUCAAACAUGUACUGUGUGUUGUAUGUAUUUUUGCAUACAAUAUGCAUUAUGUUAAUCGGUGUAUUUCUCCUGGUGAUUACUGUAUGAGUGUGUGCGUGGGCGGUGGAGAAAAGCCUUACGUGACGUGUAUAAUGUUAAUUGGGAAAAACAUCGUUCUGUAAUUAAAGUUUUCCUCUUAAUUAAAGUCUAUUUUCUUCCAUGAUUAUCGGCCUGGCCACGCCCUCUGUCAAAGUGAUUUCAGAAAGAGAGAUAUUUAAUGUAGAUGUUAGAUAUGUUGGGGUUAUUAUAAAAAAAAGAAAGAAAUAAUGUUGAUAUGACUGAAUGUAGGUUAUUAGUUAUUAUUGAAUACAAAAGGAAACUGGGGUUAUUAUAAGAGUUUGCUCAUUCACACUGACAUCAAUAGGUGUUUUCUCUGGCAUACAUGUGAGGAGCAGUGAGUGCUGAAUAGAGAAGAAAUGGCUUCACGCAUUAAAGAUUUAUCAUUUGAUUUCUCAAUUGAGAGCCAGCAUCUGAAUGUUGAGUCAUUUCACCCAAGUGAAAAUCAAUUUUCUUUUAUAUAUUUAUAAAAAAAGGAGCUCCAAAAUAAUAUUCUUCCCGUGAUCUGAGGGUGCAAAAACUUGUGUUUAAUGUCUGGGUCAGAUAGUGAUCAAUGCAGCCUUUUUCCUUCCUUCCUCCUUCCUGUCAAAGCAUCUGUUGUGCUCUGCUCCUGUCUCACCUGGACGCCAGCUCCCCGGGGUGAAACCAGCAGCUUCAGAAAUGACUUGUCUUGUCAACCCAGGGAGGAUGAAGCCACCGGGCAAUAUGCUGCUGUC